AUGCCGCCGCUCACCAUCCUCCCCUUCCUCCAGUCCGUCCCCCUCGCGACGAGGGCCAUCACCGCCCUCUACCUCGCAGUCACCGUCCCCGCCCUCAUCUGGAACGCCCUCUACCCCAGGGAUCAGUAUGGCGCCUCCACCCUCCACUCCCUUGACUGGCUCUUGCUGGUCCCAGAGACGAGCUGGAAGUAUCCCUGGACCUUGUUCACUGCUGGCCUCGUUGAGCUCAAUUUCAUCAACGCUGUGAUCUCUGCGAUCUCUCUUCCCCUGGCGUGCAGAUAUCUCGAACGUGUCUGGGGUCCCCGUGAACUCAUCCGCUUUUGUAUCUUGGUCAUCGUCGGAUCCAACAUUAUCGCCUUUGGUUUCAGCUGGUUGAUGUUCUUUGUCACCGGCAAAGAAGAAGACACCAUCUACGGCACACCCUACCACGGCCUCUCCGGCCUCCAAGUCGCCUUCCUCGUAGCCUUCACCCAGCUCAUCCCCGAACAUCAAGUCCAGCUCCUCGGCACCAUCAAAGUCCGCGUCAAGACCCUCCCCGGCAUCCACCUCCUCAUCUCCAACAUCCUCGUCAUCCUCCUCGACCCCUCCCCCUAUAUGCUCAUCCAAUUUGGGUUUUUCGUGGGGUGGGUGUAUUUGAGGUUUUUCAAGUUGGCGGAAGGGGGUGAGUUUAGGGGGGAUCGGAGUGAGACGUUUGCUUUUCAGUAUUGGUUCCCUCCUCCUGUCCGACCAUACAUCUCAAUCGCCGCCAACAAAGUAUUCGCCCUCGCCACCAAAAUCGGCCUCGUCCAACCCUGGGAAGAACCAGCUGGCAGCUACGGUCUCCUGCCAGGACCUGGUGGGGCUGGUGGGGCUGGUAAUGCCCGUGCUGAGGCUGAACGACGUCGGGCGAUGGCUUUGAAAGCCCUCGACGCGAGAUUAGCCUCCUCCCCCUCCCCUGCCCCUGCCCCUGCCCCUGCCCCUGCCCCUGCCCCUGCCCCUUCUUCCUCCUCCACAUCCACCUCCAACCCCACCAACCCCCCAGCCCAAGCCCAAGGUGCUUCCUCAUCAACAUCCACAUCGGCUCUCCCGACGGCACCCCCAGCAGCUAUGGUAGCAGCGUCAACGAGCGCUACUACGGCGGCUGCUUCGAGUGGGGGUGGGAAGAAGGAUGGGAAGGACCAGGCUUAG